CAUCAGAGACAGGAAGUAGAAGGAACUGGAACAGUAACCUGAGAGAUGGAUGGAUGGAUGGAUGGAUGGAUGGUAUUCAUAUAAAAGUAGAUUGAUUAAUUGAUCAUUGAUCUGCUUUAAAGCAGAGGGGUAGGGAUGUGUUGCAUACAUGAAGCCAAGCAGCAGGCCAGACCAGCAUGAGUCAGCAGUUUUAAAGUUCGUCAACAGUGAGUCCUCUUCGUUUAAAGCAAGGCGGAUCAUUUUUUACAGCGUGCAGAGACUUUGUAGGGGGCGUUCGUGUGAAUGUGGUGACUAAGUGUAAGAGUAUGAGUUUCUCUUCAGAGCGUCUCUGUUCAUCAUGAAGAUCGCUGUGCUCCUCGCCCUCCUCUCAGUCAGUGAAUGCAGCAUCGUCAUUGGUCAAGUGGGUCAGAGUGUGACUCUGCCCUGUAGAUAUGACAUAAAGAGAAAUGGAGCAUGCUCAAUGUGUUGGAAUCGAGGAGAGAUUCCAAAUUCAGGCUGCAGCAACCCACUAAUAUCAACAGAUGGAAAUAAAGUGACACAAGGAGAUUCUAGAAAGUAUCAACUAUUAGGACGUCUGGACCGAGGAGACGUUUCUCUGACCAUCCUGAACCUCACGGAGUCAGACGCUGGACGCUACGGCUGCAGAGUGGAAAUACCAGGCUGGUUUAAUGACCAAAAACAUCACUUUGAGCUGCAAGUGAUCAAAGGGUCUCCGACAACCACAGGAACACCUGGACCCUCAGAGACUUCCACAAGACCAGCACAGAGCACCACAGCAGGCCAGCUGACCUCCACACAGGACUCCAAGACUUCCUCGUCCAGCCUCGUGAAACUCGAGCAGGAGAACACUAAUGUGGUGGUGGUUCUGGUCUUGGUUCUGUUCGGGGUCAUUACAGUGCUAACAGUGAUCGGGGUCUUCAUUCUCGUGAGACGAUGGAGGCAACUCAACAAAAUGCCUCGGCAGCAGCAGCAGAUCAGCACGGUUACCUUCAGCCUGACGCCGUCCGCUCUGCAGCUCCACAGACAAAGUUCAGCUGUGGAAAACAUCUACCAGAUAGAGGGGGGAGAGUACGAGUCCUGCCCCUGAAGCUCCGCCCACCAAAUGACCAGCUCUGGACGUUAAAGGGGACAUAUUGUGCAAAAAUCACUUUUUAAGGCUUUUCUAACAAAAGUAUUUGCCGCUGGUCUUUCCACAGUCCCCUCAAGUACCAGACCCCUCCCCUUUUCUCCACCUUUCAGAAAAUGUGCGCUGAAACAAGCUGUUCUUGGAUUUCCCACUCAUGAUGUCAUGCGGGGAGUUAGUCCCGCCCCCAGGUUCGGUUGGCCCUCCCUGCUUGGAAGAAAGUUCCGCCCUCCUCUCAUGAUCCUCCUCUCAGCUGAGAGAGCCACAUCCAUGAGCCACAUCCACUUCCUGAGAGGGG